CCCGCCCCCUGUAUGAGGCAGAGGCCGCGGUGGCCGUUAGCGCUGUCGCUCCGGGGGCCGCGGCGGGCGGGGCUCCGGCGGGGCCCGGCCUAGUCCCCACCCCAGCCCGGCUCCCAGCCGCCCGCCCUCCCUCCCUCUCCCCGAUGCAGGGGGCCGAACUCCGGGAUGGCGAGGCGGCGGCGGCGGCCGCUUCGUACCGCGUCCUGAGCCGCCUGCUCGGCUAUGGAGAGGCGGCCCCCGAGCCAGGCCCGCCGCCGCCGCCCCCGGGCCAUGGCCCCGCGCCGCCACCCUUCCUCGCGCGGCCCGGCCCGCGGAGCUCCAGGCCGCCGCAGCUGAUGGUGUUCCGCAACGUGGGUCGGCCGCCGGAGGAGGAGGACGCGGAGGCGGCCCCGGAUCCGGGACCCUCAGAACUGCUGUGUCCCCGGCACCGCUGUGCUCUGGACCCCAAGGCCCUGCCUCCGGGGUUGGCGCUCGAGCGGACCUGGGGUCCGGCAGCUGGACUAGAGGCGCAGUUGGCGGCCCUGGGGCUCGGGCAGUCGGCGGGGCCGGGAGUCAAGACGGUCAGCGGGGGUUGCUGCCCAUGCCCGUGCCCCCCGCAGCCGCCCCCUCCGCAGCCCCAGCCGCCUGCUGCCGCCCCGCAGGCCGGGGAGGACCCCACGGAAACCAGCGACGCGCUGCUGGUCCUAGAGGGCUUGGAGUCGGAGGCCGAGAGCCUGGAGACUAACAGCUGCUCGGAAGAGGAGCUCAGCAGCCCGGGCCGCGGAGGAGGAGGGGGCGGCCGGCUUCUGCUGCAGCCCCCUGGCCCUGAAUUACCCCCGGUGCCCUUCCCAAUGCAGGACUUGGUCCUUCCAGGGCGCCUGAGUAGAGGGGAACAGCAGCAACAGCAGCAACCUCCCCCGCCCCCGCCUCCUCCUGGGCCCCUCCGGCCGCUCGCGGGCCCUUCUCGGAAGGGCUCCCUGAAAAUUCGCCUCAGUCGCCUCUUUCGCACGAAGAGCUGCAACGGUGGCUCCGGCGGUGGGGAUGGGGCCGGCAAGAGGCCUUCUGGAGAGCUGGCUGCUUCAGCUGGGAGCCUGACAGACAUGGGAGGCUCUGCGGGCCGGGAGCUGGACACCGGGAGGAAACCCAGGUUGACAAGAACUCAAAGUGCCUUUUCUCCAGUCUCCUUCAGCCCCCUGUUCACAGGUGAAACAGUAUCACUUGUGGAUGUGGACAUCUCUCAGCGGGGCCUGACCUCUCCACACCCUCCAACUCCCCCUCCUCCUCCAAGAAGAAGCCUCAGCCUCCUAGAUGAUAUCAGUGGGACGCUGCCUACAUCUGUCCUUGUGGCUCCGAUGGGGUCUUCCCUGCAGUCUUUCCCCCUACCUCCGCCUCCUCCACCCCAUGCCCCAGAUGCAUUUCCCCGGAUUGCCCCCACCCGAGCAGCUGAAUCCCUGCACAGCCAGCCUCCCCAGCACCUCCAGUGUCCGCUCUACCGGCCCGACUCAAGCAGCUUUGCAGCCAGCCUUCGAGAGUUGGAGAAGUGUGGUUGGUAUUGGGGGCCGAUGAAUUGGGAAGAUGCAGAGAUAAAGCUGAAAGGCAAGCCUGAUGGUUCUUUCCUGGUACGAGACAGCUCUGAUCCUCGUUACAUCCUGAGCCUCAGUUUCCGAUCACAGGGUAUCACCCAUCACACUAGAAUGGAGCACUACCGAGGAACUUUCAGCCUAUGGUGUCAUCCCAAGUUUGAGGAUCGCUGUCAGUCAGUGGUGGAGUUCAUUAAGAGAGCCAUCAUGCAUUCCAAGAAUGGGAAGUUUCUCUAUUUCUUGAGAUCCAGGGUUCCAGGACUACCACCAACUCCAGUCCAGCUGCUCUAUCCAGUGUCCCGAUUCAGCAAUGUCAAAUCCCUCCAGCACCUCUGCCGAUUCCGAAUCCGACAGCUCGUCCGGAUAGACCACAUCCCGGAUCUCCCACUGCCUAAGCCUCUGAUCUCUUAUAUCCGAAAGUUCUACUACUAUGAUCCUCAGGAAGAGGUAUACCUGUCUCUAAAGGAAGCGCAGCUCAUUUCCAAACAGAAGCAAGAGGUGUUAGAACCCUCCACGUAGCGAGGGGCCCCCUGCCAGUCAGCACCGAGGGCGUUCGGUUGCCAAGCUCCAGUUUCAAAGAACCAAAUGAAGCUAACGUGGAAAGGGCAGUGAGGAAAACAAGAGGGAAGAGGAAGGGUUGGGACCCUCUGCGCAGAGACUUCAGUUCCCCUCGCAGCCCUGGAGCUGGGAAGAAGCACACUGCCAUCCUCUCUGAGCGGGGCUCCCCCAGGUCACGGCGGCCCCGUGCUGUCCUGGAACUGGAUGAGCGAGCUCCUUGGAAAAACUGGAAGACGUCUCAACACUGUUUCUUUUUUCAGAAGUUUUGUUUUGAAUGUUUGCAUUUCUCGGUACGGAACACUCACCCUAAAGGCAGCUGGGGUUUGUGCCCAUUGGAUUGGAAGUGGUGCCAAGGGUGAGCAGGUCCAAAGCAAGGGAGGGGAGGGCAAGGGAGGGGACUGCCAGUGACGGCCGCUCAGCUGGCGCCAAAGGCAGAACGCAGGUCUUCAUGGUUGACCUUGAAGAAGAGAAGGAGUCAGACGUGCACAUCAAGCCAGGGGUUUCUGAGGGCUGAGACUCUGCCUCUCUUUUAGCGCGGGUGGCUUCAGCAGGAGCAGGAAAGAAAGGAGGGUGGGUGAUGCACUGGACAGAAACUGGCAUGUGGCCUCUGCUGGGGGCAGUAGUGACUCCUCGUUCGCAUCCUUUCCUUUGAAGGUUUAGGAACCUGAUUUCAGAAUCACCUCUCAUAGAAGCUGUGUUCGUUUGGUUUGACUGAAUUCCCAAAUUCUGUGACCUCAAGUUAGCCCUUUUCCCCCUCUACCCUCAGCCCGUUCCCUCGAGAUAACCAUACAUUUCCCUCUGGUCAUAGUAACAUCAUUCCUACAGCUUCUGCCUGCUGUCGAGGCUGUAGUUUUUCUCAUCGCCGGAGCCGUUCAGAGCUCCGGUCCCGGGCUGCUGAAGUUAAUGGUGCAUGCUUCCAGAUUCUUAAUGGCAAACCGUCCCCGUGACUUAGGAGUCGGCGUGACUUACCUCCAUAUGUCUGUCAGCUAGUGAGAGGGAAUGCGGAGGAAGGUGAGAAACGAAGCUAUUGUCGUGGUGCUCUUCCUCGAGAAAGCUCCCUGGCGUCGCAGCCUUAAUGGGCUGUCUUAGAUCAGUGAGGAGGAGGGCAUUACAGCUCGUGUUCUUGGGUGUGUCUGGAGCAGGAGGCAGGAAGAGCCUCUUUGUUUUCCUGUGUUCUUUCUAGCAACCCAAACGUUUUCCCAAGUUCGGUCCCUUUUGUCCUCCUUUCAUUGGGAAGUCUGUCAUGCCGAUUUGAGAAUUGCCUGUUUUCCAGGUGGGUGGGGAGGAGGAGGGAGGAAAACUCCAGGGCUCUUCAGUCACCUUUAACUUUUUUUCUGAACUGGGCCACUGUCAAAUCAUCUAACAUUACGAGUUUGCUUUUCUAUAGAGUUACUCUGGGGAGAGGGUUGCUAUUAAGAUGGGAAAAUUGAGCUGUGUAAUCUUUAUUACUCUUUGGCAGUAAGCAUUCUAAUAGGCUGUCUCUUUUGGGUCCCUUAUGCUGAUAUCGGCCUCAUCUUGCGAGAUAACUCAUAGCGUCGGGUUUGUGGUUUCCUAAUGGUUUGGGGUGAGGCCCUUGUGUCUUGGUAGCGUAUAGGACUGCCUCAUCCAGAAGCCUUGGCCUCUUGCUGUGCGUCCUGCUGCAUGGAAUGACCAUUCUUCCUCCUCCUAGCCAAACAGGGAGGGAACAUGCAUUGUCACCCAGCUGGGAAGCCCACAAAAAUGAGCUUUGAAGCUCACUCUGGUGUGUCGUGUGGUGCCUCUUCUCUGGCGGCCCUGGUAGUAUUACCAACCAGUUACGAUUAUAAUCUCAGAAAUUGGGUUACCUUAUGGGUCUUGCCUCUUGAAGGUGCAAAGCCACUUGCCAUCUUGCAGAAAGUGCCCCCCAGCUGUAGAGCCUGCUGUCUGGCAGCCAUUGAGAUCCUUGAGUGAUUGUUGUGCAGCUUCAUGGGAUUUUUUUUUUUUUUAAGUUGCUUUUUAGUGUGCAUUUGCCUGGCUCUGGGCUACAUACUGUGGAAAACACAAGAGGCACAAGACAUGAUAUCUGGUCUAAAGGGAGCUUUUAGGUGACUGCCACACAUGAGACAAUGGGGGGAUGACUCAGCAUAGCAGAGAGAAUCAAGGGCUGUCUUUAAAGAAAUUCUGAGUGGCUAAGAUGAGGGUAGACCUCUAGAUGGUCCAGGAAAGCUCUGGGGCUGUGAGACUUGGGGUCAUAGGUGAGGGCAGGCCAGUGAGAAACACAAGAACAGGAGCCUGGGAGCGGGAAUCUGCAUGGCGGGUGCUGACCAGCACACAGCCCCAAGUUAGAGCAACAGCGUCAGAGAAUCCUCUUUUCCUUGCUGUGGUCUAGACCAAAACUUACCAGUCCUCAGGCUGGUCUGAGUGCCGAAGGUUUCUGAUGGUGAGGUGAAAUCCAAAGCCAGAAGCCAGGCAGGUUCCUGCCGGUGGCCAGGGACCUGACUGUUCUCAGCACAGCCUGGGUGAGGGAGGCAGAGCCCCGGGACCCCUUGUGGUAGCAGGGCUUUCCACUGGAGAACCCAUACUCUCAGGUAUAAAACCAAACCAGCUGAGGAAGCGUGACCCAACCUCACCUCCAUCCUUCUUUCUCCUUCCGGGGAGGGUGGUGGUUACCUGUGUCCGUGAUCUGUCUGAGCGUUAGUCACAGCCCAGGCUGCAGCCUGGUCCUUCCCCAGGAGAGUGGGCUACCAGACAGACUCCAUCAGGAGGGGAGGAGGAGGGGCGGUUGGCGGAGGUGCCGGCCCUCAGAGGGGACAGGGACAGGGACAGGGAGCGGGAGCAGCUGGCCGAGCCGAGCCAGCACUUCCCCGUCAUCUCUCUGGGCUGUGCCCCCGCCCCCUGCCAGGUCUGGGUUAGCGCUAAUGGAAAUGCAGGCUCCUUCCUCCUUGGUUGUUGUAUUUUCAAGUCACAAGCUGGAAGAGGUUCUCCCUUCUAGGGAUUGGUCACUGGUUUCUAAGUUGUGGAUAGGCGACGCCAGUACUCUCAGGGCCUGCCUGUGUAACCUCGCUUGUUUGUGACCAAUCUCCUGUCACCUUCCUCAGGACAGGUGGGCACCACUGUCAGCUAGUGACAGCUCCUGCUGCAGUGUGCUGUAUUACUUGAAAUUCGAGUGCUGUGUCAGUACAGGAAGGGGAGGGUGAAGGCUUUGGGGCGGAGACUAGAUCAAUGGGUGACAGCUGGGAGUUUGGGACAGUUGGUGAUGGACCUAGGCCUGGUCGCCUACCUGUGCCUACUAGAUACAGUGUGAUACCCUGGAAGGCCAGCCCUGGGUGGCACGCGGCCUCCUGAGGGGGAGCUGGCUCCCAAGGUGUCUCCUCUUCCUCCUCCCUCCAUGUCACUGCGGCUGAUCCUGCAGGCCCCUGUUAAGCUGGGGAGUGAGCAGAGAUGGUGGCCACCCCCGCUACAGCGCACAUCCAGGAAGAGUUGCAGGGGGGGUGGGGCGGGAGGUGGGUGGGCGUUAGUGUCCCAGAUCCAGAUGUGAGAGACUAGAGCAGAGCCCGGAGCCCUGGGUGCCAGCCUCUUCAGUCCUCAACCUGGACCCCUAAAGAGCACGGCCUGCUUGGAGCUCUGGGCCCAGCAGAAACGGGGAUGGGGAUGGGAGGCACCUGUGCCCUAGGUUAAAUCCUCCCCCGCCCUGCUGCCUCUCCCUUGGCUUUGAGCCCUGAAGUGGGGCCUGGGCGCUGGGCCGUAUAGCUCCAUGGCUGGGAGGUGGUCUGAAGUGAGUGUGUGUGUGUGUGUGUGUGCGCGUGUGUCCGUGUGUGUCUGAAUCUUCAUUGGCAGAAGUCUUGCCACGUUGGGGUGUUGAGAGCAUCUCCGCUGGGGGGACACCUGCCGUUUGUCGUCUACUUUUAAAGAGAAUGACAUGCCCCCUGUCCCUAAGGGAGGAACUUUUUGAGUUAGACAUUUUCCCUAUGGGAAUCCUCUUGGUUUGGUUUGUGGGAAAGGGGGAAAUGGAUAAAUGAUUUUUAUCUCUUAAUUGUCAACACAGCUGUUCUUACACUGAAUUUGUGCUAUUGCAUACAUGUAGCCAUCUUUCUUUUCACUGCAGCAGUGUUUUAUCAGUAGUUCAAAAUGAUUUAUUUGCUCCUGGGGAGUAAAACUUUUUUUAUUAAAAAAGAAAAAAAGAAAAAAAGAAAAGCAUGACCCCCCGCCCCCACAAUAGCUUAUAGGAUUAUCGGGCCACAAGGCUCAAGAAGGCAAAGUCAAGUCUGCCCGUCCCCAUGAUCCAUCCUGUUUGGACGUUGGAGUCUUCAUGCUCAGCACAAAACGACAGGAGGCCUUGAGAAGAUAGAGAGCGAAGCCCUGGGAGGAGUGAGGUGGGGGUUGGACCAUAGAGACAGAGGCACUGGGGACUCAGAAGCUGCAGUUAGGUAAAGAGUAAUGAGUUAUAUUUAAAUUAUUGAUUCUCUAAUCUGCCAGAGAGGGACCUUUCUUUACAGCAGAUUCCAUAUUGUCUUUGUCCUUUUCGUGCUUCUUCACCUUCCUGGCAGGUGCUACCCAGUUUCUUCCUGCUUCCCAUCUGGUCCUCUCUGCCCCUUCUCCCAUCCCACUGCCGUCCACCUCGCGGGAAGCCAGCCCUGCAUGCUGAGUCUGUGACAUGCCUUUACGUGCAUUUCACCUCCUUUAGAGGAACCUGGAACUGCUCCCAGCCCCUCUCUGCCAGGAUGCCGAGAGGCACCCAGGGCAGCAGCCAGUCUCGGUGGAAGACCCGCAUGUCUGCUCGCAGCUGGACUGCGAUUGAAGCCGCUCCUGGAGAUGGAGUGUGAGACGAACUUAGGACACUCUUGAUCAGAACCCAGGAUAUCACCACCCACACAGCCCCGCCCCGAGCUGCGUCCUAAGCCCCCUACUCAGCUCAGGUGGAGCAGGAGGGCUGGUCUGACUACUCCAUCCCUGGUGCUCCUUUGAACAGGGACCCGCCCCUCACUGUUAGGCCCAGAACCUUUCCCAAGGGACAGCAUAAUCCAGGCACUGCUCUGUGGGCAGGCCGGUCGUUGGAAUGCCCAAACUGGUGCUGCCCGUGCCACAGCCACUGCUGUACGUUUUUUGGUUGUUUUUAAGAAACUCAAUGAAGGGGUGUCAUUCUGGGCUGGGGUGUUGCCAAUUCUUCACCAGAAGGGGAGCCACACCCCCCUGCAACCACUUCCGUCCUCUUCAGCCACCCUCCCCUCCUCCAAGCCAAAGCGUGGCCUGGCUUUUGUCUUCCCAUUUAGUUUUUCUCCUUUCCUCUACCUUUUUGUGCUUAAUUUAUUAAAAUAGUUGCUGUAUAAUUUAUUUUCAUAAACUAUAAAAAAAAUUACUAAAUGGUUAAAAUAGACUUGCAGGCCAAUCUUAAACGGGGUGGGAGGGUCCGAGGGUGGGAGGGGGAAAGGGAAAGAUGUUUUGAUAUAAACAAAACAGAUGCACUUUGGGUGUGUUUUGGUAUUUUUCUGGGGAUAGAUGGGGGGGGUGUUGGGAUGUCCCUGUAGAUUAGUUCCAGAAUGGGGUGUCUGUAUAUACUGUAUGAAUAGGCAUGUUAUGACUCUUGUAAAGGGACAUUAGUAGCUGCUGCAGGUCCUGUUUGGAAACCCCAUGUACAAUUCCUGGUUUUUGUAAGUGUCAGUGCGGGAGACAUUUGACUCUUGUGUUUGUAUCUCCUUUUUAUGAUUGCUGUACUGACCCAUGUCUUUUUGCGGAAGGGGUGAAAAGAGAUUUGAAAUAAAAAUGUUUAGAAAUUA